CAGAUGGCUCAAAGGUGCUUCCAAAAUGAAUAUUUUGACAAUUUGCUGUACACUUGCAAACCCUGUCACCUUCGAUGUUCCAACACACCUCCUUUGGUGUGUCAGAGUUAUUGUUAUGCAAGUACUACCAGUUCCUUGAAAAUCACAGAUGUCAAUCUUUGGAUCUGCGUAGGUGUGGGAAUAAUUUCAUCUUUGACAAUUUUCUUGCUAAUACUUAUCCUGAAGAAAAUGAGACCUGAGAGAUCAAGGGAUGAAUUGGAAAAUGCAGAGCCAAAAGCUGAGCUACAGGAGAUUGCUAAAGUUGAUCUUGAUAGGAGUGAAAAUGAUGAAGCUGGAAUUCUCCCUAGAAACAAUACAACUAUGACAUACAUAGUUGAAGAAUUCAAGUGUAAAGACCAUAAUUUAGGCUCAGAUAUAUCCUUCCCACUCCCAGCCAUGGAAGAAGGAGCAACUGUUCUUGUCACCACAAAAACAAAUGAAUUUUCCAAGAAUUCACCAGGUUCCAUGAAUGAUACUUUCAUGGGGAUAUGGAAAUCUAUUUUCACAACAUAA